AUGAAAAUAACUGGACGCAUUAGUAUUGGGUGUAGAUUCAAUCACAUAUGUAAAAAUGCUGGCCAUUUAUUAUCACAUUAUUAUGAUAUCAGGAUAUUUUGUAACAGUAAUACAUCUAAUACAAGUGAUGGCGCUAAAAUUGAGGCCAAACUAGUGUCUAUCCUGGAUAAUAUCAAGGGUCAAUAUGAUAAUUUAAAUAUAGAUUGCGAUAGGACAAUAGGAAACUUGAGUAUCACUAACCAAAAUUAUCUGCUAGAGGGAAUACAUAAUUUUGCACUCAACACUGACAAAAGGGUUAUAUAUUUUGGAGGCAAAUCAUUUGAUGUUGUGGAGCUGGUACAAAAAAUAUCAAUUGUACAGCUCCAAAACAUGAGCGAAUUGAUUGAUAAAAAUAAUAAAGACAAGUUAAAUGAGCUCAUGCGAUCUAGUUUUAAAAUAACUAAACUUUUGAGGUACAUUUCUAGUGAUGAAUUGAUGUGCAAUUUGUUAAAACUUAGAUCAAAUUAUUACAAAUUGAGUGACGAUUUGCCAAAAAAAUUGUUCUUAAAGGCGUUAAUGGACCAUAUGACACUGGGUAAAUUUGUUUAUGAUAGGGGCGAUAAUAAAAGCAUUGAUUCAUACAACGAAUUGACAACGCAUAUUAAAUCACAAUUCACUAAAAUAUUUGAUACUAACUUCAUCAAUACUGAUGAUUUAAUUACAAUUGUCAAACUAAAUUCAGAAUUAUGUGACCAUAUAAAAUCAUUCCCAUCCUUUGUUUACAAAAAUUGUAUCAAGAAACUUUGUAAAGUAAAAAAAUUAAGUGAGUAUCAAGUGGAUGAGAUUGUACAAGUAAUUAUCAGCAAGAAAUUUGCUUGUUCCACGCGAUUUAUGUCUCUAUUUAUUGAUAACAUGAGAUAUGACACGCUUACAAAGUUGAGUAUAUGUGAAUUAUCUACUUUUUCUAAUUACCUUUCGAUUACUUAUUCCAAUGUUAAACCUAGUCCAAGAGUAAUUAAGUAUGUUGAUCAAUCACUCAAAUUGAAGCUUCUAAAUGGCGAAACAAAUUAUUUACGGGAGAUAGUCAAUAUUUUGUACUUUUUGGCAAAAAACACAUAUACUGAAUCUGAAUCAUUCCCCUUAGCAAUGAGUGAGUGGAUCAAACAAGAUUUCCUAACAUCUCCAGCAUUUGACGCAUUUUUGGAUAAGUUGAUAUGGAUAUCAUUAAAGUUUCAAUAUGGAAAUCAUGAAGUUAUCGCAAAAAUAUGUGAAAUAUCACGAUCUAAUGCUUCAAAUUAUACCAUUAUUGACGUUGUCAAGUAUUUAUACUCCCUCUCCAAGUACAUGACUAAGUCACUCAAACAUCAAAAUUAUGCCACUUGUAACAAUAAUUUAAUGAAUGAUAAUAAAAAUGAUGGUACCAAUAAUCAAUUGUUGGGUUCAAUACAGGGUUACAUAAUGGAAUUGAAAGUUAUUGCAUGGAACAGAUUGAAUGAAAUGGAAGAUAUUCAAUGUUUGUCAAAUUACUUAUUUGCUGUGACAUCCACACUAAAUGACUUUAAGAUUGAAGAUUAUAGGACAAUAGGUGAUAGGAUAUUGCAUUUAAUUAAUUUAAAACAUGAAUCCGUUAAGGGUGAAGCCAUUACCCAAAUCCUCUGGUCUUUUCAAAAAAACAAUAUCCUACACCAACAAUUGAUAGUUACAUUAUCUAAAAACUUUGCAAGAUUGCUAAAUGACAUGAAUUCUGGUCAGAUAAGCUUAUGUGCACAAACACUAUCUACUUAUUCACUUUUGGAUGAGGGUUUAACACUACCAUUGCUUGAGCAUUCAAAAAAAAGGCUGUUGGCGCUUAACAAGAAAGGUAGGACCUCUAUUGCCGAAUUUACCAAAUUAUUAUCAACAAUUUGGGCAUGUGUAACUGCUGGUUGUAUAGACAAAUUUCCACAGAGUCGAGGAUUGAUAAGGGAUAUUUUCCAAAAUUAUCACUGGCAGGAUUUCAUUAGGAACUCUACCAUAUCCACAAAGAGACAAUUGGUACAUGUAGUAAUUGAUGCGGAUAUUGGCAUAACUAAUGACAAUGAAAAGGUCUCUAAUUCCAUAGAUAAAAGAGUACUAGAUGAUGCAACUAACUCUUGCCACAACCUAGACGAUAUGGCAAUGGCAUCAAUAUCACAAUAUAAAGUGCGACGAGUGUUAAGUGGAUUGAAUGUUAGCUUUUUGGCUGAAUCAAUAAUCACAACGGGGGUGGUUGCGGACUUUGAGCUCAAGGAUAGGAAGAUUACUUUGGAGAUUGAUGGCCCUUGUCACUACAAUUUGAUCUGCGAGGGAGAGGCAUUAGACACUGACAUAUGCUAUGGCAAAACUAUGUAUAGAUAUAAUGGGAAAACGAUUUGCAGGAAUAGAUUAUUUGAGAAGCUAGGUUAUAAAGUGAUUUCAAUUCCAUGGUUCAUUUGCCAUAGACAGGGAUUGGGGGAUUAUAUAAAACGCAAACUAGACAAUAUUGACAGCUAA